UUUUUCUUCUUUCUUUUUUUUUCAGAAAACAAAUACAUUUGCAAGGGUUGCAAAAUGGUGAUUCAAUACUAUGGACAAAAGUUUAACUUUGAAGUGACAAACAUUAGUGGUCAGACAUUGCCAUCAGAAACAUUCCAACUUCAGGGAACUAGAGACGAUAUUGAUGGUGGAAACUUGUCAGAAAGUAUAGCCAAUCUCAGUAUAACUAAUAAUGAUUCAUUUGUCUCUGGGUCAGACGGAACUUCAAUGGACUCUAAUUUUGGAAAAAGUGAUUCUCACAGUGGCGUAGAUGUUACAUCAACACCUUGUUCUAACAGAAAAACUUUAGAUCAGUCAAAAGGCAGUGAAGGCAGUUCAAUUAUAGGAUCUGGACUCAACACAUCAAUAGAUAAAUUGACAACUCCUAUAAAAGGAACAGAUGGAUCAACUGACAAUUUAUUUUCACCCCGAACACCCGUCAGUGACAGGUCAUUUAGUGCACAUGAAAAUUUUUGUACGCCUAAGGUUGAAAAAUUUAUAGAGAAAAAUAUUUCGCAGAAUUUUUAUAAAGUAACAUCAAGGACUAAGUUUGUUAUACAAAGUGUUGAUAGUAAUAUAGAGGAUAGGGAUACAAGUGCAGGAAAGGAUGCUGUCAGGUAUGCUGAUAUUGGUGGUAUGGAAAAACAGAUUGAUAUGCUAAAAGAAAUGGUUCAUACGCCAGUAGAGCAGCCUGAACUUUUCAGAUCUUUUGGUCUUCCACCUCCAAGCGGUGUGCUAUUGUUUGGACCAAGUGGCUGUGGAAAGUCGAUGCUUGUGAAAGCAGUCAUCUCAGAAAUCAACAUCAACGUACAGACAGUGGCAGCUUCAGAGAUAUGGAGCAAAUUUUAUGGCGAGACAGAAACCAAAUUAAGAAAAAUCUUUGAAGAUGCCAGACGACUAGCUCCGAGUAUCAUUGUUAUAGAUGAUAUAGAGACUUUAUGUCCACGUAGAGAUGGCAGCCACAGCGAGGUCGAGAAAAGAGUGGUUACCUCCCUUCUUACACUGAUGGACGGUAUAAAUAAUGUUGAGAGUGGGAAGUUUGUGAUGGUUCUGGGAACUACAAGUAAACCAGAUGUUAUUGACCCAGCUUUGAGACGACCUGGACGAUUUGAUAGAGAGAUAGAGAUUGGGGUACCAUCUGUGUUUGACAGAAGAGAGAUUUUAGACUGUAUGUUGAGGAGAUUGAACCAUGACCUGACUGUACAAGAGAUACAGGAAGUUGCUGAUGCAGCUCACGGCUAUGUUGGUGCGGAUUUAGCUGCUCUUUGCAAAGAAGCGAGUCUACAUUGUAUGAAGCGAGUUGGAUAUCAUAGUGACAUGGUCUGUUUAACAUUGGCUGAUUUUAACUAUGCAAUGACUAUGGUACAACCCAGUGCAAUGAGAGAAGUCCAGUUGGAGGUCCCUAAGGUUUUAUGGAGUGAUAUAGGUGGACAGGAUCAUAUUAAGCUGAAAUUGAAACAAGCUGUAGAGUGGCCAUUAAAACACCCCGAGGCCUUUACAAGGAUGGGUAUAUCCCCACCUAGAGGGAUCCUGAUGUAUGGACCACCUGGAUGUUCUAAAACGAUGAUAGCCAAGGCAUUGGCAACAGAAAGUGGGCUCAAUUUUCUAGCUGUAAAGGGUCCUGAAUUGUUCAGUAAAUGGGUGGGAGAGUCAGAGAGGGCUGUGAGAGAAGUGUUUAGAAAGGCGCGAGCAGCGUCCCCGGCCAUCAUAUUCUUCGAUGAGAUAGAUGCUCUAGCUAUAGAAAGAGGGAGUUCAUCAGGGAGCAGUAAUGUAGCAGAUCGAGUAUUGGCGCAGCUAUUGACAGAGAUAGAUGGUGUGGAAGCGUUGAAGGAUGUCACGAUCGUAGCUGCUACAAACAGACCAGAUAUGAUUGAUAAGGCUUUAUUGAGGCCGGGACGUUUUGACCGGGUGUUGUAUGUCCCACUGCCAGAUCUGUCGACGAGGGCAGAGAUUUUCACCAUCAACCUGCGUAAAAUGCCUGUUGAUUCAGACUGUACAUCAACCUGGCUUGCUGACUGUACCGCUGGGUAUUCCGGCGCUGAGAUUUCCUCAGUGUGCCAUGAGGCAGCAUUAUUUGCUCUACAAGAGGAUAUAACCUGUCAGUUAGUGAAGAAAUCACAUUUCCAGCUAGCACUGAAUACAGUUACACCUCGUAUAAAUGACUCUCUCAUUAAAUUCUAUGAUGAAUAUCAGCAAAAAUCUGGUCUUCAUACUGUAUGAGCAAACUAAAAUAGAAAAAUAAAAUGAAAAUAAAAAAAAUAUA